UCAAAAACAAAUUUUGUAUACAAUUGUACCACUUCCAUGCAUAUGUGCAAAUAUAUAAAAACUAAAUAAUUUAGAAAUAUAUCUCAAUACCUUUAAAUAAUAAUUCCUAGGAAGGAAGGCUUAAGAAAAUAAUAUGAGCUAUAUAUGUGGAGUGUCAUGGGAAUUAAACUUCAAUUCUCAGGUACUCUGAAAAUGGUUAUAACUCCACUAAACGUCGUCGCGUACACAACAAUAUACUAAGUACUUUAAAAAUAUAAACUAUAAAAAUACAGGACAUUUACCCAUUCGAUUACUAUGAAGCGCGUCCAUGUGGAUAACUACGCCCCAAAAUACUACAGCGGCAAAUGGUCGUGGGAUGCGGAGAAAGACUGCCUCCACUUCCAGGCACACAACGAUCUCGAGAACGCUCGGGAGCGCUACAUAACCACCAAUGGCUACAAGUUUCUACGCACCAUGGACCAGGAGGAGGAGCUCAUUUUCCGACAGGAGUAUGUGCGAUCGAAGAGCAACAACAGCGACACUGUGGUGAUGCGGGAUAUUAGAGAUUUGGUUCUCUACCUGAUGCCCCGAGAAUUUUUAACCUACAUGUUCGUUGAGUUCAUGCACGAACCUCCGGUGCACUCCGUGCUCCACGCCCUGGUACUAUACUUCGAGUACUAUUUACGCCUGGUGGAGUUUGUGCUGGUUCGCCGUGAUGAACUGGCGAGCCAAGUUCAGAGCGAGCAGACCAUCGAUAUGAAACGGACCUUUUCCGUUUACCUGAGCCAGUACCGCAUGUUGGUGGCCAGAAACUACUGUGAGAUCAUCAAGGGCAAGGGCCUGAUGGCCAAGUACUAUCACAUGAAGGAGAUUUCCAAUAUUUCGGCCACUAUUCGCGAUAAGUACUUCCAUGAGCAGUUCUUGGCCGUGGCCAUCCAAAUCGUAUGGAUCUGCAUGCAUCGCAGGGCCUACUACAUCAUCGAGAUGGAGAUGAAUCGCCUGUUCCGCUCGGAGCACUUUAUUUCCGCCCGUCCUGAGUACCUCAACUUCACGGAGGCGGAGCGCAGUCUUCUCUACGGCCGAAAUAGUAAGAACCUUAACUAUCGCGUUCAGAUCUCUCCGCUGGUCCAGGAAUUGGAGUACGUUGCCCCGGAGGACUUGCCCAUCCUGUGGAUAGGAAGGCGCAAGUACAGAGGCACCGAUGCUCGCAUCGCCCAGCUUGAGAUGGAAUACAUUGUGCCCGGAUCACAGCUCCACUUGAUCGAUGUAUCCCAUGGCAUCUUGGGGCACCCGAAAAAGCUCUAUAACACCCUUCUGAAUCUCGACUGGCCAGCUGUGCGUUAUUCAAACUUUUCUGAGCAGUUCGACCCGUACCACAUUAUCAGACGACCUCACUUGGAAAUUCCCCAGAUAGGUGAACUUAAAAUGCGACAGAUGAACGAGACCUAUGAGCACUUCUACAAGUUUAGUAGAGUUUUUGAGCCGGUCACCCAUCAUCAAGUUUGCAAGUGGGUCAAACGGGACAUCAACAUUGCGUUCUAUCGGUCAGGAGGUCUGCUCACAAAUGUGGUAUCGCGAUGUGAAAAGGAGUUGGCCAGCACAUCUGAAGGACCGAGGAUCGACAAGAUCAUUGCCCAUUACUUCAAGAUAAUGUCAAAGAUACGAAAGGCAGAUGUUGAUAAUACGCCUCGUAUCAGCGAGGUGAGCACUGACAAAUGGCUGCCAAGAAAUGACGGUUCUGCGGAGAAAACGACUUAUAAACAGGGUAAGAAGUUGUAAUCAAAGCUUA